CCCAAGGCAGAAGGGUCGGAACUAGAUGAUCACUAAGGUCCCUUCCAGCCCCAACCACUCUAUGAUUUUAUUCACAAAGCACACGCUGGCAGUGAAAUCCUGGAUCAAACACCCGCAACGUUCAGCUGAUGGCUGUGUUUGUGCUGCAGUGCCCGAGCACGUGUGGAGGAUCAACCUGGACACACCAGAGGAAGCCCAGCAGAACCUGUCCUUUGGAGCUGCCGAUCGCUGGUGGGAGCAGACGGACCUGACCAAGCUGAUCCUGGCCUCCAACAAGCUGCAGAGCCUCUCGGAGGAUGUGCAGCUGCUGCCUGCCCUCACCACGCUGGAUGUGCAUGACAAUCAAUUGACAUCACUUCCCUCUGCUUUAGGGCAACUUGAAAAUCUCCAGAAACUCGAUGUCAGCCACAACAAACUGAGGAGCCUUCCCGAGGAGCUGCUGCAGCUGCCCCGUCUGAGGAGCCUCCUGGUGCAGCACAACGAGCUGAGCCAGCUGCCCGAGGGGCUGGGGCAGCUCCUCACCUUGGAGGAGCUGGAUGUGUCCAACAACCAGCUCACAGCCAUCCCCACCAGUUUUGCUCUGCUGGUGAAUUUGGUGCGGCUCAACCUGGCCUGUAACCAGCUCAAGGAGCUGCCUGCAGAUCUCAGUGCCAUGAAAAGCUUGAGGCAACUGGAUUGUACCAAAAAUUACCUGGAAACAGUACCUCCCAAAUUAGCAACCAUGGCAUCCCUGGAGCAGCUUUACCUGAGGAAAAACAAACUGCGUUCCUUGCCGGAGUUUCCCUCCUGCAGGUUACUGAAGGAAUUACACGCUGGGGAGAAUCAGAUUGAAAUCCUGAAUGCAGAGAACCUGAAACAGCUGAGCUCCCUGUGCGUGCUGGAGCUCAGGGACAACAAGAUCAAGGCAGUGCCUGAGGAGAUCACGGUGCUGCAGAAGCUGGAGAGACUCGACCUGGCCAACAAUGACAUCAGUAGGUAA